AUGAGAUCUCUCGGAACAUAUCCGACCAAGAAGGAAAUUGAAAGUCACUUCAAAACUUAUGAUAAGAAGCACGGUGACGACGUCGAGUUCUCGACCUUUUUGAACAUUAUGCAUCAACAACUGAGUCAGGAAAACGCGGCGAAGGAAAUACUCGCCGCGUUCAAGCAAUCGGACUGGGAAAAGAAGGGCUUCGUCACCGUCCAAGAAGUGCGCCAAAUACUAACGAGAACGGGCGAAAAGCUCACAAGUCGAGAAUGUGACUUGCUCCUCCGAUCUGCAAAUGUCCAAUCAAAUGGCUACAUUAAAUACGACGAGUUUGUGUCUUUCAUCACCUCGCCUCUUCCAGACUACUGA